AUUUUAGGCUAUUAUCUGUGAUGAGAGUAAGGUUUUUGAGAUAUUUAUAAACGCUGGUGAUGGGGUGGGGAGGGGAAAGGAAAAGUUGGGUGCCUGCUGAAAUUUGGUUGCCUGUUUGUAUUGUUUUAUCGCUGAUGACGCAUUUUGGGCUUGGGUUGGAGAUGGAGAUGAAGGUAGAUGGAUUAUUUUGUGUGGUGUGGUUGGUGAGGAUUCUUCUGCCUGUAAAAAAGGCACCGGUGUUUUGUCUUGAAUUCUGGUACUGAGAAGCACGGGGGAGGGGAUUGAAGACAGAUGGAUUUUUGUAGAGUUGAUGAGAGAUGAAGGCAUCGGUUUUUCUGUCUUGGUCUCUAGUUUCUAGAUGGCGCAAGUAGAGGAAAAGAUGAGGUGAUUCGUAGGUAACUUGCUUUUGAAGACGUCGUGUGCAUGCUUUUGGCGUUGUGAUUUUUUAGAAGAGGAUAUAUAUGAGUCUCCUGCUGCAAUCUAUUCAUUUCGUUUCUCAAUACUCAUCGAUAAUAGUCUCCACACGAGAAGAUCAGGAUUGAAUCCUCGGAUAGUCAAUGAUACCAAAUAGCUUAGCUGCUCGAAAGCAUACUUCCUCACCAUGGGAAUUUAUUCAGAUAUACCUCUCGAACUGAGAGGAUUCAACGAAACUAGUCUUGUGGACGACGAUAAUUUCGGACCUUUCUACAAGGUUCCCGGGAAAUCAACAUUCGAUUUCACACUCCUCUUUGAAGAAACCGUACUCUCGAUCAUACCUUCGGUGUUCUUGUUAAUCUUGAUACCACCGCGAAUUCAACACCUAUGGAAAUCCCCACGAAAAGUAAUCAGAAGCCAUCUUCUCACUAGCAAAAUCAUCCUCCUCUCCAUCUUCAGUAUCCUCCAAGUCGUAAACAUAAUCGCAAUCUUCCACUCCCCCCUUAAAAAAUGUGCCUCGCUACCCGCAGCUCUCCUCGCAUUCACGGCCACCCUUGGUUUGUGCAUUCUAUCGUAUUUUGAACAUAGCAGAAAUAUUCGUCCCAGCUCAAUUAUUAACGCAUAUCUCUUUUUCACGUUACCUUUCGAUGCCGCACAGUUGCGAACGAGAUGGCUACGCGGAGAUGAUGUAGCGGGAAACGCGAUUUCGACGUCUAUUUUGGGAGUUAAAUUCCUGCAUUUAAUUUUGGAGGCGAAGGGGAAAAAGAAGAUCCUUUUCCCAAGAUAUGAUUAUCUCUCACCAGAAACUACGAGUGGAUUAUUUGCGAGAAGUCUGUUUUGGUGGUUGAUUCCGCUUUUCAGAUUGGGGUUUGAAGGAGUGGUAAGAGAUGAGGAUUUAUUCGUGGCGGAUGAAGAGUUAUUGUCGGAUGCUUGUGAGGAUAGGUUGAGAAAAUAUUGGGGACAUCGUCUGAAAUCCACUUCUUCAUUAACAUUCUUCCGCUUUAUGCAACCCUUCCUCAUCAACAAGAUCAUCUCUCUCGUUAGUGAUCCCGAGUCCAAAUCACCCAACAUUGGCUGGGGUCUAAUCGCCGCUUCCGGACUCAUUUAUAUCGGUUUAGCCCUCACAGCAAGCGCAUCUCAACACAAAGCCAACCGCAUGACAACCAUGGUACGAGGCUCUCUCAUCAGCGCCAUUUAUUCCCACACCCUCGAACUCUCCCUAACAAAUCUCGACCAAUCCACUGCAGUGACCCUCAUGUCUUCAGAUGUCGAACGUAUAUGUGUCGCCUUACAACCGAUCCAUAAUCUCUGGGCUAGUCCCCUCGAGAUAGCACUAGCGAUAUGGUUACUACAGAGAGAAAUCGGGAUUUCGCUUUUAGGUCCAUUGUUUGUAACAAUCGUAGCAGUUUCGGGUCCGUUUUUCAUGGCGAAAUAUAUGGGCGCUGCGCAAAAGAUUUGGAUGGAUAGGAUUCAGAUGAGGAUCGAUACGUCGGUGAAAAUGCUGCAAUCUAUAAGGGGCGUCAAGAUGUUAGGUCUCAAUGAGAAAAUAUCGAGUCUGAUUUCUCAACUUAGAGAAACGGAGAUCAGACAUUCUCUGAAAAUGAGGAGGUUGUUCGUGGUUAUGAUUGCUUUUGGUAAAAUGUCUGAUAUUUUUACACCCGGUGCGGCCUUUAUCAUAUAUGUUAUUGUGGCAUCGGUGAAUGGGAAAGUUCUGGAUGUUUCAUCGGCAUUCACUGCGUUGUCGCUUAUUGCAUUGCUAGUUGCGCCUAUUCGAGCAAUUGUGUUUGCGGCUCCGCCUCUUAUUGCUGCGGUAGGAUGUCUAGAUCGGAUUGAGGAUUUUCUUACUUCGGCUACGAAGAAAGAUCAUCGUCUUGUAUUACCGCGAGUGCAAGACUUAUCAAUUGGUCGUGCCAGGCCUGGGAUAUUGUCUAGAGAUGUAUCUGCGGGCUCUGAGAUUGAGCUUGAGAAUAUGACAGCACGAGAAGAUAGUUCUGAAUCACCGAUAACGAUUGCUGUCAAAAAUCUAUCUCUCGCUUGGUCGACUGAGUCCCCUCCAGUCGUUACUGAUGUCGGGAAAUCUAGUCUUCUGAAAGGUCUUUUAGCAGAAAUUCUCUCGAUAAAAGGAAAUUAUCAUAUCAACCACUCUGAAGUUGCAUUUGUGGAUCAAACCUCUUGGAUCCAAAGUUGUAGUAUUAGAAAUAAUAUUGUCGGGACUAGCGACUAUGAAUCUGCGUGGUAUCAAAGAGUCAUGCAUGUUUGUGCUUUGGAGAACGACAUUGAAGGAAUGAUAGAGGGAGAUGAUACUAUCGCGGGAUCUGGAGGAGCUGCACUUUCGGGAGGCCAGAAACUGAGGAUUGCACUUGCUAGAGCAGUUUACUCUCGUCAUAAAGUUUUGAUGUUGGAUGAUGUAUUUAGUGGUCUGGAUAUCGUUAGUGAAGAACAGAUCUUUACUCGCUUACUCGGUAGACACGGAUUACUUCGUCAAUUGGGUAUUACGACUAUACUAGUUACUCAUGCAGCACAUCGUUUAUCAUAUGCGGAUCAUAUCAUCGCUUUGAGUGUUCAUGGUACAGUCGCCGAACAAGGAACGUUUUAUGAUCUAACUAGGAAGAAUGGAUAUGUGUCUAGUCUUGCAACGAAACAUGUGAUAGAGACAGACACUUCCAAAGAGUCUGAAUCUGUGGAUAUGAAAGAUAAUGACGAUACAGCGAGAGAAAUUUCAAGUGCGGACCUCGAGCGUCCGAUUGGGAACUGGGCGACGUACCGAUAUUAUUUCGAGAGUUUAGGAUGGUGGAAUAUGGGAAUGUGGAUGGGGAUAAUGGUUUUUUAUUCUUUACUUUUGCAGUUUCCUAAACUCUGGAUUAAAUUCUGGACAGGUGCUAUAGCCAUUCAUGGAAAUUCAAUCAAUGGUUUCUACCUUGGUAUACUCAUAGCUGUCGAAGUAACCUCCAUGUUUCUACUCAUGAUCCUCACCAGCACACUUCUCCUGAAAAUGAUCCCCCGAUCAGCCACGAUAUUACGCACCGCACUUCUCACCACCAUCUCCAACGCUCCUCUAUACUUCCUCACCAAAACAGGCACGGGAUCAAUCAUCAACCGCUUGAGUCACGACCUCUCAGUCCUCGACUCCGAACUCCCCCUUGCCUUUCUAAUCGUCAUCAACAACAUUCUCACAUCCCUCAUCCAAGCCUUCCUCAUCUGCAUCUCCGCCUCCUAUUUCUCUCUCGCACUCCCUUUUAUCCUCCUGCUAAUCUACCUCCUCCAAAAAUAA